AUGGAACUCUGGAACACCACAUUGGAGAACAGUUUCUUACUCACUGGAAUUCUCCAGGACAGUAAGUACCCUGGACUGGUUUGUGCCACAAUCGCAUUCCUCUAUUUAGUGGCUAUGACCAGCAAUGGCCUCCUUCUUCUGUUGAUUGCUAUGGACAAGAGGCUUCAUGUGCCCAUGUACUUCUUGCUCAGUCAGCUUUCACUUAUGGAUCUGCUCAUUACAACUGUUAUUUCCCCCAAAAUACUUGUAGAUUACUUGUGUGGACAGAGCACCAUCUCUUUUUCAGGCUGUGGAUUCCAGAUAUUCCUGACACUGACAGUUGGAGGUGCUGAAGAUAUCCUGUUAGCUUUCAUGGCAUAUGACCGCUAUGUAGCCAUUCAACAUCCCCUGAACUAUAUGGUCUUCAUGAGACCAAAAGUUUGCUGGUCCAUGGUGGCUAUAUCCUGGCUCUUGGCGUCCAUGAAUGCCCUUGUGAACACCAUAUACACAAUGCACUUCCCUUUCUGUAGAACCCGGGAGAUAAGCCACAUACUUUGUGAGAUCCCUCCUUUACUGAAGCUGGCAUGUGCUGACACCACAAAGUACCAGUUCGUGUUAUACACAGUGGGUGUGACAUUCCUCCUCAUCCCCCUCUCUGGUAUCCUUAUCUCCUACACUCUAGUUUUAACUGCUGUGUUCCAUAUGCCUUCAAUACAAGGGAGAAAGAAAGCUUUCCUUACCUGCUCGUCCCAUCUGACAGUGGUUGGACUCUACUAUGGACCUCUUGUGUUCAUUUAUGUCCUGCCCAGUGCUUAUCACAACCCUCAUCAAGACAAUAUCCUUUCUGUGUUCUAUAGCAUUAUUACUCCAACAAUGAACCCCUUGAUCUACAGCCUGAGGAACAAGGACGUACUGGGAGCCCUGAAGAAAUUGCUAGGGAAAGGCCCCUCAGGACCAAAGUUGUAG